GUCAUCAUGAUGCAGAUCGGACGAGUUUAUUUACUAGAAGGGAGACUUAAAAUCGUUUAGGCUAAUUGUGGAGAAAUUUUGUAUAAUUUUUCAUUUCAGUUCUACUUUAAAUAUACUUUAAACAAGUAUGUACAAUCUGCUCACAUUUAGAUAAUUGUAUUGGGACGUAUUUCUUCACAUCUAUUUUGUCUUUUGAUUGUCACACCCUCGUGCCAUUUACAAAACAUGUUCUCGAAAAUCAAAACACAAGUCAAGUCUUCAAAACAUGGACUAUAAAGAUUUCUAUGUAGAAAAGCCUGAAUACAUUGCAGGAAUGGAGCUACAAGAGGAAGUGAAUCAAAUGCUUCGUCAUGGCCAAAGAGAAUGUCUUCAUCUCAAAGGUUUGAUUCGCAAAGUGAAGUCUGCACAGGCUUUGUUAAAGAUGAGAAAAGAUGAAGCAAAGAAAGAUUUGGAAGGCUACGUUAACAAAUUGUCUGAAUCACUGAUAGAUUUCAGGGCAGAAAUGCAUGUCUCCAUACGUGCAGAGGUAGAGCUUAAAAACAGCAAACUAAUGAAGCUUUGUGAGAAAUAUGAAGCAAAUAUAAAAUCCUACACCGAGUUAUGUGAUGCAGGUGAAAAAUUAAUGUAUUUUGGGAAAAGUCUUAACAGUCCGGAGGAAAGGAGUAAAGCUAAGCAGCUUCUGCAAGAGUUCAACCAGUUGUUAGAGUUGACAUCGGGCAAAGAUGAGAUUUGUGCUCUGGUAAAACUGGAAUUUUACCCUGCCCUACAUACUGACAGCAUUGUUCCUAAUAUGUUUGGUGACCUCAUCAUAGGAAGUAAUACAAAACCUGCAGAAACUUCCAUGUCUGUUCUAGCAGCAAGAAAAAGUAACUUUAGUAAUGAUCAAAGUUCUGAAACAAAAAUAGGUGAAAAACCCACAAAACGUGCUGUAGUUGUUGAGAAACGAGACCAGUAUACCCAGACAGAUAAGGUUGUUGAGAAAGCAAACAUUACUGAUAAAACAGAGAAGCAGGUUAGUAACCAGGAUUCUGCAGGAUAUCAUAAUAUGCAAUGUGAUCAACAAUAUGUAUCAUAUCCCCAAAAUUCACCACCAGGUUUUGGACAUGUUGCAAUGCCUUAUUGCUCUCAUGAGUCAUACCCCAACCUCAACCCACCACCGGGAUUUUCUGUCUACCAGCGACCUCACGCCCCUCAGCCGUACCAAGUAGCUGGAAUUCAACAGCCAAGUGUGAAUCCAUACAUAUUGACCAAUACUCCAAUUUAUCAGGGUUCUGGUUGUAACGAGUGGUAUGCUGCCAUGACUACCUCAGCCAACAGUUAUCAAGGCCAGAAUACAUAUCCAUGUCCUUACAGUAAAUCAGUGCCACAAGACCCACCAUGUUUUUAUACAUCAGAACAGCAUUAUACAGGUAUUCCUCUUGUAAGUAAAUCUAAUAAAUAUGGCAAAAGUUCUUCCUGUCCAGAUACUAAUGUUAGAAAAGUUAGCAACAAUUCCAAUAAAACUGUUGAAAAUAGCGAAGUUUCAAAUAUUCCUCUUCCAAUGGGCCCUAUGCCCAGACAGAAUUUAAUACAUUGCAACAAAAAGAUGGACAUUGAUUUUGAACAAACUUCUGAAGCUGUUGAAAAGACUUGUGGUGAUAAAAGCUUGUAUUUGGUAUCAAGCGACAAAGAAAACUCUGGUAAAAACAGAAAUGACAAUUGUGCAGUUGAAAUGGAGACAGAUGAAUUGGUAAACGAGGGAAAAAAUGGCUUGUCAGAAAUGAACAAACCUCAAAGUGAUAUUCACAGAUUUGAAAAGCUUCUUGAAAGAACAAAUGAAUUGUUGGAAUCGAGUCACAUUAAUGAUGUUGAUAAAACAAAAAGAACUGAUGAAGCAGAGGAAGUGUUCAUUAAAAAGUUGGAUGCAGAGAAAACUACAAAUAUACAAAAAAUACAAGAUGAAAAUAAGCAGAAAGAUAUUACUCCAAACAAAAAUAGUAACAUAAACAAAGGAACUCUAGGGACUGUAGACAGUUUAUUAUCAAGUAUUGGUAAAGAUUUGAAAGUGAAAAUAGAGAGAGGCGAAGAAAAUGUUACAACAAUGAAACCAUUAAGAAGACCCCUAAGACUUCCAAAGAAAUGCCUGUCCCAGUCAAAGACAAGACCAGAAUCUAACAAUGAUUCUUUGUCAAGUGUGGACAGUGGAGUUAUUGCAACAGAAAACACAAAUGACAACACCACUAAAACUACAUUUGCUACCCAACUUGAUAAGAAACUUUCUGUACCAGAUCAAACAACUGAAAACAUGUCUCCCUUAAGUCUUGAUCAGGUAAUCAAGCAAGAGAACACAGACAGUGUUAAAGUAGAGAAUGUUGAAGAACCAACUGUAACAAAUGGAACAGAUAUCAGUAACAUUAAAGUGGAAGAAGUGCCAGACACUGAAGAUUCCGAGUUACUCGAUUUAAGUGUUUCAUCUGGUACCAACUUAAGAGAUGUAGUCAAGAGUAAAGGUCCAUCAAAGUCAGAGGUUAAAGAAUUGAAUAAAAUAACUCUGCAGUCUCAGACUCAGUGGCUAAAGGGUUAUCUACAGCAAAUGUUACCAGAAAACAAAGAGAAGGAUACGAAACCUAAAAUAACUGAUGAAAAUAACAAUAGCUCGGAAAGUAACUUGACUGAUAGGUCAAAAUCAGAGAGUGUCAAUAUGGAUGAUGAAACUUCUACCGUGGUAAAAGAAGAAAAUGUGCAAACUGUUGAUUCAGGUUCAGAUGUAAUUGAAGCUGAACUGAAGAAAAAAUCGGAAUUGGAAGUGAAUACCUCAAAGACAAAACAGACAAAUAAGGAGUAUUUCGAGCCAAACAAAGACAGUGUAACUGAAAGAAAAACAGAUAUGAGAAAUCUGAAGAGUGCAGUAAAAGGAUUUUUAGGUGGACAAAGAGAGGCUAAUCAAAGGUGCACAUCAACAUAUUCAAGACUUGGUGCCUUACAAGCUCAUUGGUUGAAAAAUUCACCAGGCACAGCUAUAAAAGCUAAGUUCCUGUUCAGUUGUUCAGAAGACAUGCAUUUUCCUAUAGGAGUCACAACAAACAGUCUUCAACAGAUUAUCGUAGCUGAUACAGGCAAUCAUUGUAUCAAAAUGUUUGAUCAGAAUGGAAAAUUAAUCAGAGCUUGUAAAGGGCAUAAUAUGCGUCGACCUUCAGCAGUAGUAGUGAAUGAGUUUGAUCAUAUAUUUGUGAAGGAUGACCUGUCUAUCAAAGUGUUUGAUAAUCUUGGUGACUACAUGAUGAAUAUAGAUACAGAAUUUACCAGGCCAUUUGGUCUUGUGCUUACCCCGGCUAAAUGUCUGCUUGUGUUGGAGACGGACAGACGCCAUCCAGCACUUGUGCACGUUUCUCAAGAUGGCGGACAUAUCUGGAGGUUUCCCUAUUUACCACUGAUAAAUGCCCCGCCAGGAAGCAAAUGCCGGUUUAUGGCAGUUUCUGAGAAUCAUGUACUAGUUAGUGAUUUAGGAUUAAGCCAGAUUUAUAUAACAGACCUUGAAGGGUUAUCUUUCAAAGUGAUUGGCAUGCCAGGGCAUGAACCACAGCAGUUUUAUGAACCCUCGGGAAUCUCAGUUGAUAACUAUGGCAACAUUGUCAUAGGAGACAGUAGAAACAAUAGGGUGCAGGUGUUCAGACAUGAUGGUUCAUUCACAGGGUUGAUCGACUUUGAUGAAAAAAUUGUCCGCCCAUCUGAUAUCCAUCUCACGUCAGAUAAUAAACUGAUCGUUGUCAAUUUUAUCCAUCACAUCAUCAAAGUAUAUCAGUUGCUAGGAUAACGUAACUGAGAAAUCAACAAGCUAAGUAGCAGUUACAAAAAAUCACAAUAAGGCUUCAAGAAUAAGAUUAAAUUUGUGCAGGAUAUAAACAAUUUUUACAUUAAAACUGAUAUUUUUCAAGUGCCAAAAUAAAAACGUUUGCAAAUGAAAUGUUCAAUGAAACUUUUCAGAUUUCCAAUUUCACAAAAAUAACAAGCACAAUAAGCACUCCAAAUGAAGGUGUUCUCUGAACAAUCAGUAAGUGAUGGCAGCAUAUAGCCAAAUGUUUUUUUGCUUUUUGAAGUUAAAGCUUUGGUGUUGGGGGGAAAAAAAUCUUGUGAUUGAAAAAUUCAAAUGUCAUUGUAGAAUACAAUGAUGAAAAUGAAAGCAGCUUUCAUAAUCUCAUUUUAGAGAGGAAUAAGUAAGAUUAACUUCUAGUGUAAUAUAGAUGAUGUUAUUUGGGAAUAAGAGAAAUUACUGAUAUGAGCCUUGUCAUGACAAAACCGACAUAAUCGGUUUGCGACCAGCAUGGAUCCAGACCAGCCUGCGCAUCCGCGCAGUCUGAUCAGGAUCCAUGCUGGUCGCAAACCCACUAUGUUGGUUUUGUCGUGACGUUGCUCAUAUGUUUUAUAAUAUCACAUGAUGUACUAAUUUACAAGUGUUUUACAAGGUAAUUGAGUCUGCUGGUUAUGAUAUACGAUUUGUGUGUUCUCCAAGACUUAAAAUUGCUGAUGCAUAAAUAGUAAACAAAAAGUAAACAACAAAAAUAACACAAACUAUUGAUAUAUUGUACUCCAGUUUAUAUUUUUCUUUGUUCUUUAACCCUUUCGCUGCCAGAGGGUUAUUGUUUUAUCGUUCACUUAUUUGCCAGAGGAUUUUCUAAGAAAUUACUAUAUUAUUAAUAUAAUUAUUAUUAUUUGUUAUUAGUAUUAUAAUAAUUAUAUAUGUUUCCAAAAUUGUUAGUAUAAUAAUAAUUAUUGUAGAUGGUAUAAUUUUCUUUAUAUUUCUUAUUAUUUCUUUAUUAUUAUUAUUGAUUUAUUAUUAUUACUAUUAUUAUUAUAGAAACGGCUAAAGCCGUCCAUAUGGCAAAUACGCCAAAAAUAACAGGGACGGCUUAAGCCGUCCCUAUGGCAGUGAAAGGGUUAACUGCAACUGUGAUUUUGUUGUUACUAUUGGUUUGAUUAUGUUGAGCAGGUAGGAAAUCUGCGCUGGAUCUAGACAAUUUGAAUUUUUUUUAUUUUUUUUUUAUUUACGGGUUUUGUCAUAUAAUAUUGUUAACAUUUAAAUAGAUUUAUAUUUUCAAAUAGAAGAUAUUAUACUGUAGUUAUUAGCUCACCAGAGCCGAAGGCUCAGGGUGAGCUAUUAUUAUCAAAGGGGGAUGCUCCGGCGUCCGUCGUCAUGCGUCAACAAUCGUCUUCUUCUCUGAAACUACUAAGCAGAUUUACUUCAAAUUUAGUCUGUAGCAUCCUUUUGACAGUCACACUUGAAUUUGCUCAUGUCAUUCCAAUUGGCCCCUUUUAGGGGUCAGCAGAGCUAAAAAUAGAAAAACCUUUAAACAUCUUCUUCUACAGAACUAAUGGAUAGAUGAUCACCAAACUUUGUCUGUAGCAUUCUUGGGUAGUCUUUUAUCAAGUUUGCUCAAAUUAAUUUGAUUGGCCCCUUUUAGGGGCUGCUAAAGCUAAAAAUAGAAAAACCUUUAAACGUCUAUUUCUACAGAACUAAUUGAUGGAUGAUCACCAACCUUUGUCUGUAGCAUUCUUAGGUAGUCUUUUAUCAAGUUUGCUAAUAUUAUUUUGAUUGGCCCCUUUUAGGGGUCUCUAGGGCUAAAAAUAGAAAAAACCUUUAGACAUCUUCUUCUACAGAACUAAUGGAUAGAUGAUCACCAAACUUUGUCUGUAUCAUUCUUGGGUAGUCUUUUAUCAAGUUUGCUCAUAUUAAUUUGAUUGGCCCCUUUUAGGGGUCUCUAGGGCUAAAAAUAGAAAAACCUUUAAACAUAUUCUUCUACAGAACUAAUGGAUAGAUGAUCACCAAACUUUGUCUGUAGCAUUCUUGGGUAGUCUUUUAUCAAGUUUGCUCAAAUUAAUUUGAUUGGCCCCUUUUAGGGGCCGCUAAAGCUAAAAUAGAAAAACCUUUAAACGUCUAUUUCUACAAAACUAAUUGAUUGAUGAUCACCAACCUUUGUCUGUAGCAUUCUUAGGUAGUCUUUUAUCAAGUUUGCUAAUAUUAUUUUGAUUGGUCCCUUUUAGGGGUCUCUAGGGCUAAAAAUAGAAAAAACUUUUAGACAUCUUCUUCUACAGAAUUAAUGGAUAGAUGAUCACCAAACUUUGUCUGUAUCAUUCUUGGGUAGUCUUUUAUCAAGUUUGCUCAUAUUAAUUUGAUUGGCCCCUUUUAGGGGUCUCUAGGGCUAAAAAUAGAAAAAACCUUUAAACAUAUUCUUCUACAGAACUGAUGGAUAGAUGAUCACCAAACUUUGUAGCAUUCUUGGGUAGUCUUUUAUCAAGUUUGCUCAAAUUAAUUUGAUUGGCCCCUUUAAGGGGCCGCUAAAGCUAAAAAUAGAAAUACUGUUAAUUGUCUAUUUCUAGAAAACUAAUUGAUGGAUGAUCACCAAAUUUUGUCUGUAGCAUUCUUGGGAAGUCUUUUAUCAAGUUUGCUAAUAUUAUUUUGAUUGGCCCCUUUUAGGGAUCUCUAGGGCUAAAAAUAGAAAAAACCUUUAAACAUCUUCUCCUACAGAACUAAUUGAUGGAUGAUCACCAAACUUUGUCGGUAGCAUUCUCGGGUAGUGUUUUAUCAAGUUUGCUCAUAUAAAUUUGAUUGGCCCCUUUUAGGGGCAGCAAAAGCUAAAAAUAGAAAUACCUUUAAAUGUCUAUUUCUAGAGAACUAAUUGAUGGAUGAUCACCAAAUUUUGUCUGUAGCAUUCUAUGGUAGUCUUUUAUCAAGUUUGCUAAUAUUAUUUCGAUUGGCCCCUUUUAGGGACUGCAAAAGCUAAAAAUAGAAAUAACUUUAAAUGUCUAUUUCUACAGAACUAAUUGAUGGAAGAUCACCAAACUUUGUCUGUAGCAUUCUUGGGUAGUGUUUUAUCAAGUUUGCUCAUAUUAAUGUGAUUGGCCGCUUAUGCUAAAAAUAGAACUACCGUUAAAUGUCUAUUUCUAGAGAACUAAUUGAUUGAUGAUCACCAAACUUUGUCUGUAGCAUUCCUCAUUAGUCAUUUAUCAAGUUUGAUCAUAUGAAUUUGAUUAGCCCCUUUUAGGGGCCGCUUAAGCUAAAAAUAGAAAUACCUUUAAAUGUCUAUCUCUACAGAACUAAUGGAUGGAUGAUCACCAAACUUUGUCUGAAGCAUUGUUGGGUAGUGUUUUAUCAAGUUUGCUCAUAUUAUUUUGAUUGGCAUCUUUUAGGGCUGCUAAAAUUAAAAAUAGAAAUACGUUUAAACAUCUUCUCCUACAGAACUAAUUAAUGGAUGAUCAUCAAACUUUGUCUGUAGCAUUUUUGGGUAAUCUUUUAUCAAGUUUACUCAUAUAUGAUUGGCCUCUUGUAGGGGCCUCUAAGGCUAAAAAUAGAAAAACCUUUAAACAUCUUCUACUUCAGAACCAAUUGAUGGAUGAUCACCAAACUUUGUCUGUAGCAUUCUUGGGUACUCUUUUAUCAAGUUUGCUUAUAUUAAUUUGAUUAGCCCCUUUUAGGGGCCACUAAAGCUAAAAAUAGAGAAACUUUUCGAACAUCAUUUCCUACUGAAAUAAUUGAUAGAUGAUCACCAAACUUUGUAGCAUUCUUAUGUAGUCAUUUAUCACCUUUGCAUUAGCCCCAUUUAAGCCAAAGCUUAAAAACCCCAGGUCAUGGCAUUUCUUCAAAUUAUUGUUUAAACAUAUUCUAUGCUCAAAUUUAAUAUUAGAAUAUAUUGACAUUCCAACACUGAAAAGCAGUUGUUUCUGGUGAGCGACUCAGGGCCAUCAUGGCCCUCUUGUUUAUUAUUCACUUAUUAUUUCAUAAUUUGAGAUUAUUGUCAAAACAGUUAUUUUUUCAUUGUUUUUCUUUUAUCAGGUGUGUAUGACUGCCAUGUCCUCUUGUUAAGAAAAUAAUCCCAAAUGAUGUACAACUUGGCGCCUAUAGUUUUCUCCAUCAUCGUUUAAGGUGAAAAAAAUGUCAUAUGACCUUUUUGGUAUUGGUUUUAACCUUGGUUAGCAUAAUAACUCUCAUUGGCUGUUGAACUUUAAUAAGUAAUUACUCAUGUACUUCAAUUUUGUAAUAGGCUACUAAGCUUUAAGUAAUAAUUUUUUUAUGUCUGUUUGUAAAACUAACAAAGAAAAUUAAUUUUUUGUAAAAAAUAAUAUUGAGCUACAUUGUAAGUUACAGAAUUAAAAAUAAAAACCAACAACAUAAAGCAACCUUGCCUUGGUAUGCAAUGGCCGCUAUAAUCCUUAAUGCAAUUACAAGGGAGUAUACCUGAAGUUCAGAACUUCUAGACACCCGAAAGCGGUCUCCUUCUUUUUAAAACUAUUUACUAUUUACAAAAUAACUAAAUUUGAUUUUUAAAGUUUCCAACUUUCACCCAUGCAGUUAGAAAAGGGAUUUUCAGAAAAGAAAGUUAGUAUUAAAAGUUAGGAAUAAGGUUCCAAGUUGCUUAUACGGACCUCAAACAUGUAUACUGUGUUCUGUUUGAUAACCCUUUAUUACCUCAUGAUAAGUUUGAAGUGAUAAACAUUUAUCAUUUCAUCUUUUUUGAUAUUUUUCUUCAUUUCUUUGUUAACUGCUUUAUGUUGAAAUGGAUAAGAACUUAACAAUAUUUGCUUUAUUUUUUGCACAUUUUUCUUUCCUUAUUACUGUAAUUGAUAACAGUCCUGUAUGGUCUGUCAAUACAGUACUUUUCUUAAAAUAAACUAUUUGAUUUCUUUAAUCCAAAA